UACUUCCAACAGCAGUACCAGCAGAAACUCUAUGAGCAGUAGCAGCAGCAGUACUGGCAGCCUUAACAACAUAACCCCCAACAACAGCACAGACAAAGGAACUGCACCAGCCCAUGCACCAGGACCAGCACGAGCACUUCAACAACAACAACAGCCUGCAAGCAGCACCACCACCAUACACCCACAGCAACACAAGCAACAACAUGAGGCGAGUAACGAGAACAACGAUGUCGCCGUGGAGGACAAGAUGUGGCUGCAAAAACUCCAGGUCCAGAACCGAUUGGACCAACCGGAUGUGGACGAAAGUCAUGGAGAUCGUAGAGAAUGUGGAGCACAGCACAGAGAGAUGGGAGAGCAGCAGGAGUGUCAGGACAAACUGGAGCAGAAGGCAUUGCAGCAUACGAGGGCCCAUAAGGUACACGUGGUGAGCAUGCACAACUCAGACCCCUCAGUCUAUCAGAAAGUCAUGCAUCUGCUGCAUAUAUUUUGUUCCGGUACGAUCAACACACAAGAAGCACAAGCACAGCCCUGCAACCUAUUAAAGGGAUACAGACAGGACAGAUGAAAAAGCUAACUUGGUGAAUAUGUGCACAUGAAAAUGGUGUCUGGGUAUGCCAGGCCUGUGCUCGAGUUUGUGUUGCAGUCGGUUUGUGAUAAUAGUGCAAAUACUGAUUAGAUAGAUUAGAGUAUAACAAUUAUUGCUGU